CAUCUUAAAAAAAUUAGAUUACAUUGAUUGGCUAAGAAAAAACACACAAAAGAAACGUGCGAUUAAAGUGAUAAAAAUGUAACUAAAUGGAAUAUUAAUUUUCAUAAUAAAAUUAUGAUGAUAAAUUGCUGAGUCAGCUGGAGUUUUAAUUAGAAGCUCAGCUGACUUUGUGUAUAAAGAUAUGGUUUGGUUCCAAUUACAGUGACAUUUCAUCAGUUUAGUGUACAGAAUGGGUUACAGCUUACACUGGAGAUGGCUGAUUCAGCUCUACUAUUUUACCAUGUGUUCCUCAUUAUUUUUUUCUGAGAUAAUUUCUUCAGAAGAUAGCCGGGAACCAGACAUUCAAAUGUUUCCAACAGACCCAGCAGUUUGUAUUUCGUCAAAUGUCACCUUUAGGUGUAACAGUUCUUUGGGUUCAAAGAAUGAAAUUUCGAUAAUGACAGGAAAACAAAGAUUCAGAAAAAUGAAUGAUGUUAAUAAAAAUGGAAAACAGUCUGUUGAAUUUACAUUGUAUAAUGUCAGUAGAUCUGACAAUGGUCUACUUGUGUGUUGUACACUUGGCGACGCUUGUAACACAUCAAAAGAAGUUGUGACAAUGUUAAAUGUACGAAAUGUACUUUACUCCAUGCCGGUUGAAUUGGAAGCUGUGAACUGUGUUGUAGAUAAUUAUCUUGACUCCAUGAAUUGUACAUGGAAUGAUGGAACAACCUAUAGAAACGGGUUCACACCUUAUGUCACAUUUCAGUGGAGGAUACCAAGUUAUAGUUUAGUUUGGAACAAUUGUUCACAAUUGGACCAACAGUACCGCUACUGUUACUGGCCUAACUCUAGUAAAGGUGACUUUACUAUGAAGCCCAUAGAUAUACAACUGAUUCAGAAGUCGCCAUGUGGUGAAAAUGAUACCUCUGACUUCACAGUGGAUACCUCACAGAUAGUGAAGCCCAGACCAGUGACUGAAUUAACGUCUAGAACUGUAAACAGUACAUGUAUUUAUGUGCAGUGGAGAACCACUAACUCCCAAAUGCAGUAUCCUAAAGAGCAUAGGGUGAGCGUAACAAACAAGUGGGAUAAGGGACAGAUAUUUAAGUUCAACACAACAAAUAAAACGGAAAGGUACGUCCACAAUAGAACAUUUUGUAAUCUACAUCCCUACACAAAGUACCAAUUUACAGUAGAUAUACAGCCAAUAGGAGAGGAGGCAGGGUUUUUCAGUGAUCCGAGGCAAACAGAGGCGAUGACAUACUCUGAUUUUCCUAGUGCAAGCCCUGAGGUUGUCUCGGGGGGUUACGGCUGGAAUCCGAACGAUUGUAAUGCACCUUAUACUAAAAGAAGUAUCUGUGUUCCUUUAAAGUCCAUAGCACCUAUAAAUGAAAAUGGGCCAAUGAAAGGGCUUGUUGUGACAUACAUAAAUGAACAAGGGAAAGAAAUGCGUGAUGACCUGGCGGAAGAUUUAAAGUAUGCUUGUACGAGUAACUUGAUGUGCAAUACUACGUAUGAUUUUUAUAUCAGAGCCAGAAAUGUGAAUGGAACUUCGACAGUGAGUUCCUCAAUACGAAUACCGGCAUCAACAUUAGGAAUUGAACAGCCAAAUUUUAUAGUCGAAGCAGGUAAUGGCACUAAUGUGACAGUUAGUUGGCCUGAAACAGGGGAUGCUACCACUUUCAUUGUAUUUUGGUGUAGAAACAGAAAUGGUAAUUGUGAAGAAAAAGAAAAAAUUAACUGGAGAGAGUUUGCAGGGAAUACAAGAGAGGCUGUCAUACAGAUAGAGAAAACUAACUCACCACAAGAUUUUCUGUAUGCUGUUAGUUUACUGACCGAUCAAGGGAGCAGUGGGUUUUCAUGGCAGGAGUGCGUUUACCUUAAAAAUGCUCCUCCACAACGGGAAGUUAGAAACCUGGCUGUUUCCCCGGGACCAGAGGAUAAUUCUUUGGUGGCGACUUGGGAUAAAUUGACUUGCCAGUCAGAUCAACCGUAUAUAGCGAAAUACAAUGUUCGAUACAACGAAGUUAAUAAUCGGCACUUUGCAGUUGUGAAUGUAUCAGCAUCUGGUGAAGCCAGGGUGGUGUUACGUGAUCUAAAGCGAGAUCAAGCUUACAGUGUUUCAGUGAGAGCUGUCACAAGGACGGGAGAAUAUGGACCAAUCGGCCAACUUAAGACCAGCACACCUGUUAAUAAUAGUUUAAGGCAAUGGGAAAUAGUAUUAAUUGUUACUGGUGUAGUGAUUGCAGUAAUCGUCAUAACCAUCAUUGUUAUUUUACUUAUGAGCUGUUACAGAAAGAAAAAGAGGUCGAUUUUGGAACAGGGGAAUAUAAAAAUUGAUGAUGAUUUUAUGAAAGAAGAAUAUGCAAAUAGAACUAAUUCGAUUGAACGCCAGAAUAGUGAUGAUAGUGGCUAUAAUCCAAUGACUCCUCCAGCUGACAGGUUUGUAGAUCAACCUUCGUAUAAUGCCACAUCUAAGCCUGACUGUCAACCACAACUUAGACCUGAUGGUUAUUGCAUAGCCACAAACGGUACUAGUCAAGCAAGUUUGCCAAUCUUACAUAUCCCGUAUACUACAGACAUUCUAAUUCCACAAAAUCCAAUUGUGGCUGAUGUCGGCUUUGUAUUUAAUGAAAGAUACUCGAAUAGUGGAGAAACCUUUUUGAAGGAUUUUGGUCCACCUUCUAUGCAUAAUGAAACGGCAAUUAAAACAAGAGUAAAGAAAGAAUCCGGUGAUUCUGGUAUGAGUGAGACUUUUGCAAAAGAAAUAAUUGAGACAUCAGAAACGGAUGUUUUAUGUAAGACUGGCGAAAAUGUUGAUAAAAAGAAUUCUCAAAUUGAAUCAAUUAUUGGUAGCAGUGAAGUUCCUGAUUAUGUGUCAGUGGACACUGCAUCUAAUCCUAGUAGUGUAAUACAAGGUAACAUGCAAGCUUUUGGUGGUCAAGAAAAUAGGGCUUUCUCGACUGAAAUGCAUACUUCAAGCUCCGGGUCAUCACCAGAAUAUGUAAAAGCACAAGCAGCUCCAGACAGCCUUACUUCCCAGUUGUCAUCUAAUUCUUACAAUGCUUUGACUAUUCCCUCUGAUACCAUCCCUACUGUCCAAGAUCAUUUUCCUGAAAAUAACCAAACUUUUGUUGAACGAUGCAGCAACUCUUUUGAUAAUACCGUUCCUUUGUUAACUGUUAUUCCUUGUCCUGCUGGAAUGGAUAAAAGUGUGAGCAAUAAUGGUACAAGUCCGACUGAUGAAACAAGUUUUCCAUUGACAAGUUAUACUACUGUGACUGGACCUUCAUUAAGUGCAGAGGAAGACGAUGGAAAAGAUGGUACUGACAUGCCUUUACCACAUGUACAAUUAGACCGUCUAUUAAGUCGUUUACCAAAGCCAUCAGUAGAAAUUGAUGAUGAUGCUAUGAAUGAUGUUGCAAAAAUGAAUAUUCCAGACCAUGGUUCAACAGUAAAUGAUGAGCAACAUUUCGAGGAUAAUGCAAAAACAUCAAAAGAACGGAAUGUAUCAGAUUACGUACAAACAACUGAUUUAGAUUGUGUGUCACCUAAUAUUGGAAGGGAACAAAAUUUGCCAUAUGUUCAGACAACUGAUCAAAAGUAUUUUGUAGACUGUGUACAACCAAGUACCCCAGAUUACUAUGGAGAGUCUGCUAGAGAGACUGAUCAAGAGUGUGAUAUUAGUGUUCCAGAUACAGUCUUCCGUGUGGAACCUUAUGUUACUUUGCCAUCUUCAUCAACAAGCCAGAUAAGCACUGUGACACCAUUUAAUGCCAGUAUCAAUUCAGCUCAAGAAAAUGAUGUAUCUAAUGUAAAUUCAUUAAGGAAUGCAGGUCCUGACAGUUCUUUACCAUCUGAAGGAUAUGUUUCUUCAGAUUUUGCAAACCAAGCAUUCAAUCCUACCAUUAGUGCUGACUCAACAGUUUCAUUUGAUAAUCAUAUCACUCAGUCCAUUGCUGGAACAGGUUAUGUUCCAACUUGUUCAGCAGCUUUAACAAUGCCUUCCAUAGAUAAUGCCAGUCCGCCAACUGUUCUCCAAAGCCAGACUUCUGCUUUUGUUAUUGGCCAAAUUCCCGAGUGUUCAGUUGAUAAUGAAAAUAAUGUUAGUCAUCUACAAAACCUGAUUUGCCCCCCUGCACUCACUGAUAACAGUUUUGUUUACAAUCCAGACGGAUAUGUCUGUCAUCCAAAUAGUUCUCCUGAUGCAAACCCUUCUUCAACAGUAAGUAAUAACAUUCUUUCAAGAAACAGUCCUAUUCAAUAUUCACCAUCUCGAGACAGUUCAGCAUAUGUUUCAAGCACAGAGAUUCCUGAAAUAUUUUCAAAAAAGCCCCAAGAAAACUCUGAAACAGGUAACCCAUCAUCAAGUGGAAGUCUGCACUCUUAUAAUGAUGAGAAAAAUACAAAUAUUUCAAAAAAUAAUUGCAAAGGACCCAACACAAAUGGCUAUGUUGAUUUGAAGUUUAUUUCAGAAGGACACUUAAACGAAGCCUUUUCCUUCAAUGAUGAUAGCAGUAAUUCCAAUUUCGGGAUGAGAAAUAUGGCCAGUGAAGAUGAAGUUGAAGAUGUAGUUGAAAGUCAGAUUGAUGACUUCACUUCUGAUUCAGGGAGGAGUACACUAGAAGACGAGAAUUCAGGGAGAGAUCAAAUGCAACAAAGUAAUUUUGAUGGUUAUGUCUCAAGUGAAUAUGCCAUGGAAAGAUUAUGAUCUCGAUUUAAAUCAUCAUUUUUCAUCAAUGCAUAUGCAUGGUCAAUAUCAUCACCAGAGGUAUUCUUUAGAAGGGGAGACUUUGUUGCUAUUUCAACACAACCGGGCUUGGAUGAUUAAGCGUGCAAACAUACAUAGCUGUUUUUACCAAACCAUAAAUCUUCCCUUGUUACUUCUUUAGACUGACAUAUUUUGGGAAAGCAUUCAGUCAAUGUUGUCCAGGAAUUUCCUUUCAUGAGCUUUUUUACGUUUCCUUCUAUGUUCACAAUUACAAAGUAUACAAAUGUACAUUCUACGGAUUGUUUGCUUCUUUCAAGUGUAUGACCUUUACCUUCAGUUGAUUCUAGUGUAAAAGAAACGCUUAAAUUGUAAACAAUUCAAAACAACCUUGUUAAAGUUGCUGUUUCAGAAUAUCACGUAACUCCUCGAGGAUAUUAAGUUACAAUGAGAAAGCUGUCUAUCUGGCUUGCAGAAAGUUGUGCUCUUCAACCUUAGGCAUGGUGUUUGAAGUGAUGCAAAGCCAAAAAUUGAUAUGUAAUUUAAUACACUACUGUAAAAAAAAAGAAUUCUUUUUAUCAACAUUUUAUGCGUGAUUUUUUAAUGACCAUAGACAUUUUGUUUUUGUGUGUAUCACUAUAAUUAUAUUAUGUAGAGACUUUGGUUAAGCAUUAAAAUGCAUUUAUUUGUAUGUAGAAAUAAUAGACAUUUUUUUAACUCAUCUAUAUUUGUAUAUAUUAAAAUGUUAUGCACAUAUAAUUAAUGUCAGGCAUUUUCAACGUCAUAGUCAUUUUAUGUAUUGCAAUUUUACUGUACAUUUUUCUCUAAAAAUGUUCACUUUUUUAACCUUCAUAUCAACAUUUUAGUGCCUUCCAUGUUUGAUAAAUAAGAUUUGUUUAUUUCGUUUUGUUUUAAUAUUUUUGUGGAUUAAAUGAAUAUAGAGAAACAUGGAUUGUUAAAAUAUAGUUUACAUGUUUCCUGUUUUGUGGCAUUUAUGUAAAAAGUUUAUUUUAUUUUUCUAGAAAAUAUUGUUAUACAAAUCAUACUUGUCUGUUUUUGUAUGUAAAGGAUAAUCUGUUGAAAAAUUGUUGAAUAAUUAUAACACUUUGAUGUUUAAGUACAGAAUAGUAUACA